CCUCCUCCUCCUCCCCCCGGGGGUGGCCUGGGUCGCCCCCCCCAGCAUGAGCGCGGGGCCCGAGUGUGAACCCCCCGGGAAAAGGGCUCGCGUGGAGCCCGGCUUCUUCCCUUCCUCCGAGGCGGUGGUCGCGCAGCCUCCGCCGCCGCCUCCCCGCCGCCGGGAGGAAGGGCCCCCCGGACCCGGCGGCCUCUCAGCCACCGUGGGGAACAAAGUUUACAAGCAAAAGAGGAUUACCUCUUGGAUGGAGAACAGAGGAGCCAGAACUGUAGACUCUGAAAGGAAAUCAGAAGGAAGGAAUACAGCUAAUUCUUCAGCUCAUGGGCCCAAAAUUCCUUGGCCAACCAAGACAGCUGUCAAAUGAUUUUUGUCCCAUUUUAUGAC